UACUGGAGACGACUGGGAAGGCACGUGACCGCGGCGUGACAUUUGUCCUCUGCCCAUGUGACUGAGGGUCACGAGGUCACUCACUGAAGGAGGUAAAGUCCAUCUCUACUCCGAGCAGACGGACAGAUAGGUUUGGACCACUGCAACUUUGCAAAUAUGAAUGCAGCUGAAAGUCUUAAUCGCAUUAAGGAGGAAUAUAAAGAGGCAUUUACCUUUGUUAAUAAAGGGCUCACUGCAGAUGAAUAUGGUCAAAAAGAAGUUGCAAAGCAGUAUUACAGGCAAGGAGAGAGGCACUUAAUUGAAGGAUUGAAUAUUCCUUCAAAUAGUCCAGAAUGUACAGGUCCCCAGUGGGACGUAGCCCGUCAAAUGCAGAAUAAGAUGUGUGCAACAUUAAGUAAUAUACAAACAAGGUUAUCUAUUUUGGAGCAUGAAGACAAUUCAAUGGCAUCUAAUCAAACAAACCAAUUUUCUGAAACUUCAGGACCUGAUAACUCAAAAGCGGAGUCAAGACUGUAUCCAGUUGUACCAAUACCCUGUGAAGAGAAAGCUUCAGUGUUGUCAAACACUCAAUCUUCUGCCAUGAAUGUGAAACCAACUACCAAUGGAAGCUCCUUGAACAUAGCGGCUAGUUUGUCAGCAGAUGUUCCGUGUGCACUGAAUGAGCUGCCCCCAGUAUACACGCCUGAGGCUGCGGAAGGACACAAGACCAUUUCCUAUGGAACUGAAUCUGGCGAGUUUGCUGUUGUUGGUGGUAAUGCUAUUGGGCAAAGGACCCAUCCUCCUCCAUUGGAAUCACUUGGUAUAGAUGCAUGUGAGCUCAUCUUAAUUGAGCAAGGAGUGCAGAUAUUCUAUGUAACACGUGAUGGGCAAGUGAGUGCACCCUCCUAUCCAGGAUACCUCCGCAUUGUGACAUUUUCUGAUUCAGAUGCUGAUGCAGCACAAAACCGGCCACCUUCCUUUCUGCAGGUUUGUGAUUGGGUGUACCCACUUAUACCUAGCCAGUCUCCUGUACUGCAGUGUCACAAUGGAGUCUACAUGUUUCCUGAUAUAAUGUCACAAGAUCCUCGUGUCUAUGUUGGAGUAGUGCUGUCUUCUGAGCUGCCACAAUCAGACAGAGAACACUUUGAAGACUUGCUGAGACAAAUGACUUAUCUAAAGGUUCAGGAUCCAGAAGCUUCAUCUGGAGAACUUAAUUUGAGCCAGACCGUUCGAAUUUGCCAUGAAUCACAAGUUAGUAACCAAGAGGCUAUACCAGAGUGGAGUGGAAAAAUGGCCCGUGGAAUUCUAACGGGGGCCUCUUGGUUGAGCUGGGGUUUAGUUAAGGGAGCUGAAUUCACUGGUAAAGCAAUCCAGAAAGGAGCUUCUAAACUGAGAAUGCAUAUUCAGCCUGAAGAUAAGCCUGUAAAAAUAAGUCCAACAGUGGAAAAAGGACUCAGUGUUGCAAGACAAGCAACAGGAGGUGCUGUAAAAGUCAGCCAGUUCUUGGUGGAUGGACUUUGUGCUGUUGCUAGUACUGUUGGAAAAGAGCUGGCUCCACAUGUAAAGAAACAUGGAAGUAAACUGAUUCCAGAAGCUAUAAAGAAAGAUAAUAAUUCAAAAGCCAAUCUAGAUGGAGCCCUGGCGGUGGCAGCAAGUGGAGUUCAAGGAUUUGCCACUGUUUGGAAUGGUUUAGAGUGUGCAGCAAAGUGCAUAGCCAAGAAUGUUGCAGCAGAGACCGUCCACACAGUGAAACAUAAGUAUGGCUCUGCUGCUGGGAAAGCUACAGACAAUGCUGUGAACUCCGCCAUCAACGUUGGUGUUACAGCUUUUAACAUUGAUCAUUUGGGUAUCAAGGCUGUGGCACGACGCACUGCGAAAGAAACUGGAAAUGCUAUUCUAGUUGAGUAUAGAUUACAAGAAAAACCAGAGAAGCAAGACAAAAAUUGAACAAUUUCAUCUUUGAGAAGAUCUUGAAGAACUCAGCUGGUGGAAUUUUAAAUGUUGAUCUCGUACCUGAGUGAAAGCUAUGUGAAUGCAUAUAUUUUGAUUUUAUUUAACUGACAAGCAGCAGUUUAUCUUGCAGAAUGAAGAACCGAUUGCACUUUAUGUUCUGUAUACUAAGUUGAUUUUUGUGAAUUUAUUUUGUCUUUAUUUUCAGAUGUUGGAAUGGACAUUAAUAUACAAAGAAUGCAGCACUUUCACCCUUAGUUGUGUAGACAAAUGAGUUUCAAAAAAAGUGGUUGGCACUAUGAAGGGUAAUUGGGUGUUCUAUCUUGCUGCCUCAGAUUUCUGUAGUUCUGACCUAAUCUCUGCUCUACAUUUGAUUAGUUAAGCCAGAAUUCACAUUAUUUACAGUGCACUGGAUUAAUACACCAAUAGUAAUACGUGUGACUGCUUGCUUCAUUGGAUAUAAACUUUGCAUUAGCAUUCCUAAGCUGUUGAAAUAUCACUUUUCAAACUGAAAUUGAGGCAAUGGAUGUGAGGUAUUAAAAACCAGUCUGUUUCCCUUGUUUGUGGAUAUGCACGAGCUCUUUUGGAUGUAAGCAGCUAUUUUCCAUAAUUGACUGAGGUAAUUUGAAAUUUACUUUAGUUGGGUACUGGGCACCUUCAGGUUUGAUAUUUUGUACCAUGAAGAUUGGCAUAUUUGUCCAAAUUGGAGAAGUAUAAAGGAAAGAGAUUAAAUUAAUGAAAUCUACAUUUGACACAACCUUAAAAGAAACCAUGUUGCACUAUUCUGUAAUAUUUCUUUGCUUGCACAACACGUAACUAAAAUGAUCAUAUUAGCAAUGAUGAUAUCUAUAUAAUGUGUGAGUACAAUUCAGCUUGCCACUCUGUGGAGCAUUGCACUUCUUUGUCAAAGUGCAGACAGGAGAACAGUACUUAAUCUAUGGAUAGUGUUUUUUUUAAAAAAAUGAAUAGCUUUUGCACCAAUACAAAACAAAUUUCAGUAUUUAAAGUGAAAUAGCAGUGACUAAAACCACAAUAUUAAAACAAAAAAAGUAUUAUGGUAGCCUCAGGCUAGUCUAGUUGGCACUUGUGCAAUUUUUGAGAGCUUCCCAACUUAAAAGUUGAUGUAACUUAGUUGUGAAUUUGUAAUAGUGAAAUUCAAUUAUUCAAAUUUAUAAUCUGUAAAAUGGUUCUGGCAUGAAGUACACUUAACAUCUAAAUUGACUUAAUGCUGGGAAUUGACAUUGAAAGGAUGUUUUUACUUCCACUCUUGGGAUACUAAUUAAAAAAGCCUACUUUUGUAGCAUGAACCUUUA